AUGGAAAAACCUUAAGAGAUUACUUAUUCUAAAAAAAGGAAAUGAUUUAAGUAUUCAUUUUGAAGUUUUCUAAUAAAAUAAAUCCUUCUAUUAAAGAGAGCGAAUGGAGAAAAGAUCAAGAUAACAAAAGUUGAUGGAUGUUUAUUUGAGUUUCAAAUAGAAGUCAAUGGCGUUAUUUUUGGUUUAUAAGAAAUACUUUAUAAAAUGAA